UGUUGUUUUCAUGGGUGUUAAAAACUGACGGAAGUCUUAAUAAGUUUAUUAUCAAAAUAUUAUUAUUUCUCACUAAUUCAAAAGUAUUUGAAUAUCUCGUUGUUAAUUUCUCUCAUUUCUUUGCUAAGUACAGGUUUUUUUACCAAGGACCGAUGAGAAAAGUUAUUGAAACUUCUUUGGAUGAUUCAACUGGAUUUCCCCAAAAAAUGCAUAUACUUCAUAGAAAGCGUCAAAUAAUGCAGAAAAAAGCCCCUGGGAAUAUGAUAUAAUAAAUCUUGGUGAAUAAACAUCUUACAAAAUGGUACCAAUUCCAGCAGAGUAUAUGCCAGAUUUCUGGAAUCAGGUCUCCACAGAAUGCAUGAUCGAAUUAACAUGUUUACUACCUAAUGGAAUAAUAAUUCUACUUAGCGUUAAUUACAAUGCUACACUUGCUGAAAUCAAAGAGGAUCUGUGGGAGGAAGCGUCAAAGUUUCCUCUCUUCGGAAAACUUCACGACAUGUCGGUCUACAUAUUCACUUAUGUCAAUUCAAUGGCAGAGAGAGAAAAGCUCAUUGAUGAGACAAGAAAAUUAUGUGAUAUUCGACCAACUGGGGCCGUCCUGAUCAUCACAGAGUGUAGAGGAGAAAAAGCUGACGAUUCAAUAAAUAUUUCUAUUGGUCAUCUCAUAGGAAAACGUCUCCAGGAAUUUGAUGCACUGAAUAGCUCAGAAAUAAACGACUUCCGCUUUAAAAUGGCUAGAAUGGGAGAGGAAUUUGCUCAGGCCAGAUCAAAACAAACUUGGGUUGACCGUCUCUUUUACCAAUUUCCCCCAAGAAUAACAAAGAAUAGUUAUAUUCUUAAUGAAACUCUUAGCGAAAACAGGAAUAUAAACAUUUCAACAAAAUUUGACCACGAAUUGGACUUCAAUGAAAAACGAACUGAGAAGGAGAUCAUGCAAAGUUCCUUUACUUUCAACGUACCCCCCACCAUCAAUCCCAAGAAAUUACUCGAAAUGAUAUUAUAUAAAAGAGCUACGAUUAUGAAUACCAGGAACGAGAGGGUUAGUGAGUACGUUUUGAAAGUGAGUGGUCAAGAUGAGUUCCUUGUUGGAGACAACGAAAUUAUCGAAUACCAAUACAUUCAAGACUGCCUCACCAGGGAUAUCAUGCCUACUUUAGUUACCAUGCACGUUGAUAGAGUUCCAGUGUUUCAAUCUAAUGAUUAUGAAACUCUUGAUAUAUUUGAAAAUAAGACACGCUCAACCUCCUAUGGAUCUACAAAUACAUUGAGAAAGAAGAAAAAUAGUGUUUCAUCAUGGGAUGUUAAUGAAAAUUAUAUAGUUAAAGUUUGUACAGUUAGUAAAUUGAAUUGUGAUCCCAGAAAGGCACCAGAGAUCGGUAUACAGGCUGGAAUAUUUCACGGUGGAAAAUCUCUCUGCCAACCUAAGAGAACUAUUGACUGCGUUGUAGAUGAUAAGUGUGAAUGUAAAAUAAAUACUGAACUAGUCUUUGAUAUUCAAAUAUGUAAUAUUCCUAGAAACGCUAAGUUGUGUUUCGUGGUUUAUGAAGUAAAUAAAUAUAGUAAGGGAACUAAGACUAAGAAAACUAAAGAAUCUAGCAAGGAUAUAAACAACCCUCUAGCUUGGGCCAAUACCUCAGUAUACGAUUUUAAAAGUCAACUAAAAAGUGGUGCCAUGACUCUCUAUAUGUGGACCUAUGCUGAAGACAUGACAUCAGACGAUGUUCUUCAUCCCUUAGGCACAGUUGUUAGUAAUCCAAACACCGAAUAUUCCACCACAAUCACUUUAUUCAUUAAAAGUCGUCCAAGGGAUCAAAGUAUAAUUUUUCCAUCGAUAGAAACGAUGAUCGACUAUGCAAAUUUUAAAAAGGAAGAUCCAGAAGGAGAAAUGAGUGAGAAGACUGAAGAAGAAAUAGCAAAUUGCAGGAAGUUGUUGAACGAAGUCGAUAAUUUAUAUGAAGCUCACGAUCAGGAUCGCAAAAACAUUUGGGCUCUCAGGGAUUAUUGGAGAGAGAAAGAACCAGAAGUUCUACCAAACCUCCUUUAUUGUAUCGACUGGGAUAAAAGAGAAGUGGUCAGCCAAGUUGUCGCCAUGCUUAAAAACUGGCCCAAAUUAUCAGUGGAAAAGGCCCUUGAACUGCUCGAUUAUGCUUAUGCUGAUCAGGAAGUUAGAAAGUUUGCUGUGGAAUGCUUGAUGGACGUUAGCGACAGUGAUCUUCAGUUGUAUCUUCUUCAACUGGUGCAAGCUCUGAAACAUGAACUUUACUUGGAAUGCGAUUUAGUAAUUUUCUUGAUCAAAAGGGCGCUUACCAACCAGCAAAUAGGGCAUUUUCUUUUUUGGCAUCUCCGGUCGGAAAUGCAGGUUCCUGCUGUGUCAGUUCGCUUUGGUCUGAUCCUGGAAGCUUAUUGCAGGGGCUCUCAAGAGCACAUGGUGGCUCUGCAGAGACAGUUGGAAUGCCUAGAGAGAUUGAAAACAUGCAGUGAUCUGGUACGGCAAAAGAAAGACAAAGAUAAAGCCAAAUCGGCUCUCAGGAAAUAUCUUAAUGAAUCAAACACCGAAAUGUUACUGAAUCAUACUAGAAAUCCCCUAAACCCGAGUUAUAGGUGUUCAAGGAUAAGGCUAGAGAAAUGCCGAGUGAUGGACAGCAAAAUGAAGCCUUUGUGGAUUGUUUUUGAGAAUUCUGACACUUAUGGGGAGGACGUGUACAUUAUUUUUAAAAAUGGGGAUGAUCUUCGGCAAGAUAUGUUAACUUUGCAAAUGAUUCGAAUCAUGGAUAGGUUAUGGAAAAGAGAGGGUUUGGAUUUGAGGAUGAAUCCUUAUGGUUGCAUAUCAUUAGAGCAUCGUGUAGGAAUGAUUGAGGUAGUUUUGAAUGCUGAUACCAUUGCCAACAUCCAGAAGGAAAAGGGGAUGUUCACUGCCACAGCUGCGUUCAGAAAAGGUCCAAUAUUAGCUUGGUUGAAAGAUUAUAAUACUUCUGAAGCUGCCUUGAAUAAAGCUGUGAACGAAUUCACUUUAUCCUGUGCAGGAUAUUGUGUAGCAACUUAUGUAUUAGGAAUUGCCGACAGGCAUUCUGACAACAUCAUGGUCAAAGAAAAUGGCCAAUUGUUCCACGUUGAUUUUGGUCAUAUUUUGGGUCACUUUAAAGAGAAGUUUGGCUUCAAAAGGGAACGUGUUCCCUUCGUUUUGACUCACGAUUUCGUCUAUGUGAUCAAUAAAGGACAGAACUCAAAAGCGUUGGAAUUUAAAAUUUUUCAAGAAUACUGCGAGAAGGCGUUUAUGAUUUUGAGGAAGCAUGGUAACUUGUUCAUAUCACUUUUUGCUAUGAUGAUUUCCACAGGUCUUCCAGAGUUGACUUCUGAAAAAGAUCUGAAUUAUCUGAGAGAUACCUUGGUUAUGAAUAAAACAGAAGAAGAAGCCUUACAACAUUUUAGGUCUAAAUUUGAUGAAGCCCUUUCGAAUUCAUGGAAGACAUCAGUAAACUGGGCUACACACAACAUAGCAAAAAACAAUAAAGCAUAGUCGUAGUUUUCCUGAUUUUUUUUUUGUUUGCAUUGCCAAGCUGAUAUAUUUGAAGUGCCAACUUGUAAUAGAAUAUAAGGACCUAUUUAUACAAUGACAAUGAUAAGAAAUCUAGGAUAUUUGUAAAUAAAACUCACUGUUUUCGA